UGGCCUGAGAGUGAGUUAGAAUAUCUUCAAAGAUGGUUCACCCGGGCAAGAGCAGGAGCACCCACCACACUGUCAGGUUCACUGGCGACGAGAUGCCGAAGUAUAAGCCUAUAGUCAGCGACUCCACGGAUUCACCCAACUAUGUGAGCUCACAGUCAUACCCUGGACAAGACUCUGGAGCCCCAAGUCCAGAGGCUUUCAACUUCCAGCCAGCAGCCCAGAGAUACCGACAUAAUGAACAAAGUAAGUCAAUGUCCAGUCAACUGAUGGCUCUAAAACAGGCUAACCAAAGGCUUGAAAAAGAGAAGUUUAACAUAGUUUCUGAGAUAGAACACCUCAAGAGACACUUGGAGAAGGAGGAGGCUCACCAUCUGCAGCAUGCCAGGACUGCUGUCGCUCAGGCAAUUCAAGGGAUGGUGACGAAAUGUCCAGUGUCAGACAGCAUGUUCAGCCAGUGUUCCGUCGCAGAUUUACCAAACGUGGUCAGUAGGAGUGUUGCUAAAAAUGCACCGUCUAGAAAUGCUGACAAUAAAUUGGCUGCCGCACGUCUGAUGAGAGAUAUCGCCGAAUUGAGACAACGAGUCGCUCAAGUUGAAGCACGACUUGCUAACGAACUGAAGCGUAAAAGGCAGGCUGAGCUGGACAUCAUACGUCUUCGGAAGGAGUUGUCCAGCACCAAGAGCUUCGUGGCUUCCUUGAGGAUGCCACCGCUUCGGAAGCAAUGCUCAAAAUUCGCGUAGAUUCCUAAUCUCUUCACAUUCAUAUAACUAGUCCCAAUGAUGUGUAAAACGUUUACAGAUACCUACAUAAAAUAUAGCGAAUUACCUAAUAAAGAUGUUCCGUAUGAGA